AGGCGGCGCCGCUCCGCAAGCACCGCCGCGUCACGGUGCCGGUAACCGCGGAGGGAGCCGCGAUCGCUGCAGAGGGCGCCCCCACCGCGCAGGCGCGGCCCCGGGGCUGCAGGACCGCAUUAUCGGGGAGCAGCCGGGAGCCCGCAGGAAAACACCCAAAACCGGCACCAAAACUGCACCUCGAGCCGCGCUGCGGGGCCCGCGGCGGUAGAGAGGGCUGCGCCGGGCCACGCACCGCAGAGAGCAGCGCAGCUGUCCGGCGGCCGGGCCCGCGAAAACUACAGCUCCCGGCAUGCCCUGGGGCAAGCACAGGAUGGCGCCCGCCGUCCAGUGCGGGAAGACUGCAGCUUUCAUGGAGUAGAUGAUGCAAGAGUUAUCCUAGCCUCUCUCAUCAGCGUGUUUACACAACUUCUCUCCAGACUUUUAGUUUUGUCCAUCUCAAGCUCUUUUGAAGUGAGCCCAGGUGAUGAAAUCUUGACAGUGCUACAGACAACAACUGUUGAUUUGAAGGAAUUUGAGAGAGAAGCAGCUUGUCUUCCUCCAGAGGAUGAUGACAGUUGGCUGGAGAUUACAGCAGAUGAUCUAGAUCAGAUGCUGAAGGAGGCAAGAAAUGAGUCCCUUCCUUCCUCAAAUGAGGAAGAGCAGAAAUACGACUUGGAAGCAGUUGCUGAAAAUUUCAGGUCACCUGAUGAAUCCCAUGUUACCUUUGAUGUAGAUUCUUUUACAAAAGCGUUAGACAGAAUUUUAGGGGCAGACUCAGAAGAGCUGGAUUCUGAUGAUCUGGAUGAAGAGGAGGAGUUUGAUUUCUCGAACGAGGAUGAUGAAGACUUAGAUGUGGAAGAUCAAAGGCAAGACCAGGAAGUGCCGCCUGAUGAGCUUAUAGGCAGUCUCAAGUCAUACAUGAGUGAGAUGGACCGUGAACUGGCACAUACCAAUGGUGGUAAAAGUUUCCCCGUCCAAAAGAGAGGGGCAAGUUCUGUUAAUGCAACUACGUCUCAAAGUGCUGGCCCUGAUGAUACUGAGUUGAUACCAGUUGAUGUGGAUCAGAACCUGGUAGCUAACCUGAUCAAAUCCUACAGUGCUCAAUCUGGACUGGCAGGACCCACCUCUAACAUUUUACAGAGCACGGGAGUAUGUUUACCUGAAAAUGCAGAUCAUAUUGGCUCUAACAAUAGAGCCACAGAAUAAAAGGCUGUCUUAGUGCAGAAAACAUGGCUGAUUGAGAAAUGAAGCACAGAAAAACUAGCAGUAUUUGGAAUAAGAGACAAAAGGUUUGAACUUAAAACAUUUAUGCUUUAGUUAUGUGACUUUAAAGAUACAAAGUGAAUUUGCCUGCAAAAGCCAUCUGUUUGGAUACUAUCUUGGAUAGAAAUCAGAUUUUUCCAGUGCCAUCAUGUUUUGAGAAAACUGAAAAAUGAUGUUAUGACUGAAAUGAAACUUUUAUUACAAAAACCUGUCUUCAGUUUUUUCAGAUCAGUGAUACAAUUUGCCAUAUUUCUGAAAUGUCCUUUACCCAUUACUAGGUGGUUUCAAUACCUGUAAAGCAGCUCAUGGUCUGAAAAUGCCUCUGCCUUCAGGGGGAGAUGGAGGAAUACCAUAUUAUAGGAACAGUGUUCUCUUGUGGAUUUUUCAACACUGGUUAAAUGUUCAGCAAACACUUAAUUGCUUUUCCAAAAGUACAAGGCUUUGUUCUAAGAACUUCUGAUAAUUACUGUAAGAACCUGUUCUUUAUUAAUCAGGAGGAUUUGAAGAGUAAUUGGAUUGAACAUGUAAAUAUUUGCUCUAAGUAUUUUUUAAAAUUUAUUUGAAUAAAAGCAGAAAUACAACUUGAUUACUGGAUCUGGGUUGUUUUGUUUUGUUUUUCUUUGAAGGUAUGCAUAACUUCCUCAGUGCAGUAUCAGAAGUUCUUGGAGCUAUCCUCUUCCCUGUUGCUAAACACCCUCCGUGCCUCAUCUAGUAAAGUCUCCAGGUUCCUGCUUUCUGCAGGCUUCAAUUUCUGCAACUUCCUCCGGAUGUCGCUUGCUGAUUGUCUGAUGAACAGAGACCCUGACUGCUGAAUCCCUAUUUCUGACCCUGGGUCUAGAGGAGUAUGCUGCCUCAUAGUAUCCUGUAAUUUAUCUAAAAAUUCAGAGGGGGUAUCCCUUGGACCUUGCCAAAUGGCAUAUAAAGCUGACCAAUUAAUUGUUUUCAGGGUAGCCCGCUCCAUUCCUCUUCCAACCCAAUCUCUGUAUGUAUUCAGCAAUCUUACGUGUGCCCCUCUGUUAGGGUUCCAACGUGGGUCUUGUAAGGGGAAAUAUUCUUUUAUAUCCUCCCCUGUAUUCUUAAUAAAGUCACUAGCCAGA